AUGCAAAGAGAACAUCUGCGUAAAGGGACUUGGCUUCAAGAGGAAGAUGAACAAUUGACAAGCUUUGUGGCCCGUCUUGGGGAACGAAGGUGGGAUUCCCUUGCCAAAGUUUCUGGACUCGGGAGAAGUGGUAAGAGUUGUAGGUUAAGAUGGAUGAACUAUCUUCGUCCAAAUUUGAAGCAUGGUCCUUUUAAUGUUGAAGAAGAACAGCUUAUUGUUCAGCUUCAGAAGCAAUUGGGCAAUAAGUGGGCAAAGAUUGCUAAGAGACUUCCAGGAAGAACUGAUAAUGAAAUCAAGAAUUACUGGAGAACUCAUUUGAGGAAAAAAGCUCAAGUUCAACAAGGAGGAGAUUUCAAGCAUAAACUAGAAAGUGGAACACAAGAUUUGAACCAACAAAGCAUUGAUAUGGUUUCCAAGGAUUACAGCACAGGAAAAGUUAGUUGUCAAGAUAGUGAGUGGGAGACAAAGGAUAGCUCCAUGGACACUUUACCCUUAUCAGAUUGGGAAUUGAGAAGAUCACCCUAUGAAACUAGGAUAUUGGAUUGGAUAGCAGAAUUGAAAAAGGGUUAUUGUGGGAAAGAACUAGAACAAGAUUGUAAUAGUACAGGAAAGUGCAACCAUAAUCCUCAAGAAUUUGAGGAGGGGUCUGACUCAUGGGAUUAUUCAGGUUCCUUAUGGGAUAUGAACUAA